CGACGCGAUCACGACAUCAGACAGGGCAUAUGCAUCUGUGUUUGCGCACAUAAUGAUUUUCUAGUAUGCCGGCAUGAGCAGUACCGGUAGAUAACAAUGCGUGCGUGCAGGUAACGCCUAUUAGCAGAUUUGCUAACGGACAUCUACCGACAGUCCGCGUCUGGCACAGUUCCGCCGGAUCCGGAUCUCUCUCUUCUGGGUGUUUCUGAGUCAUUGCCCACUGCGCAUGGAUUACAGGAAGUCUCCACGUUUAUGACAGCGCUGUAGGCCAGUCGAAUCAACAUCCGGGAGGGUGAGAAGGUGGCGAUCAUUGUUCAGAAUCUCCCAGGACGAACAUAGAAAGAUGUCUCGUUUCCGGCGGAUGUUCGCCACAGGUCUGUUGGUGGCUUUAGCAACCAACUCUAUCUUGUUGCCCUGCCAUGGUAUGGAUGAGGACGUGCUGCAGAACGUCGUGUUCAGCGAUGAGCACGAGGAGACACGUGACAUACAGUAUGACACUGAUGCUGGUGCUGCUGGUGCUGGUGCUGGUGGUGCUGCUGCUGGUGCUGAUGCUGAUGGUGCUGCUGCUGAUGGUGGUGGUGGUGGUGGUGGUGGUGGUGGUGAUGAUGACAGUGACAUGGAUUUUACUAUCCACAUGGGCAAAGAUCCCAGAGAGAUGGCAACACAUCAUGAAUCAGCUAGCAUUGUACCAGUGGAAGCCAUAACACUGCAAGAUGAUCAUAUUCGGGACGGUUACACGGGGACACUCAGCUUGCGAGUAGCUGCAUUCGGUGAAGAAUGGAUUCUGGACCUGCUGAACAACCCGAUAAGUGCAAAGGUGGAGUCCUACUUUCAUCAGGGCGAUGAUGACGACGUCGCUGACAACAUGGGUGCUUAUGAUGAUGAUGUUGGCCUUGUACCCAAAAAGCGAGUUGCUGCAGACUGUCACUAUCAUGGACGAAUACGUCACGGUCAUCCGGAGAGCUGGGUAGUUGCGAGCACUUGCCAUGGACUUAUCGCGAAGUUCUGGGAUGGCAACGAGACGUACACUAUCGCGCCCAUGCAGAUGAAGCUCUGGGGAAAGCACAUCAUGUAUCGUGGCUGCGAUAUGAAGCCCAAAACUCCAGGGACAUGCGGUGCCAAGCAUGCUGAUGGACAACCGGAGAUGUCGCGACAGGGCAGCUUGGACGAGAUGGCCGCCUCUAUGCUUGGCGAUACCCAUGCAAGAAUGAAGCGCCAGACAAUCCUCACAGAAGGCCGUCAGAGAGUGGUGGAGAUGUUCAUCGUGGCAGACAAUCGAUUCUACGCCAUGUUCAAUCGCAAUGAUGCAGUGACAGUGUCCUACAUCGAAGCCGCAAUCAACCAGAUGGACUUGGCCUAUCGCACCAUCAACUUCCGUGUAGUUAUGGUCAAUCUGAUCCUGUUCAACCAGAGGGAUGCGUUUUUCGUCACUUUCAAUCCAAAUGCCCUGCUGAGGGACUUCACCAAUUACAUCGAUUCCAUCAGCCAGAAUAUCUCUGUUUCAUACGAUGCUGCUCAGUUUUUGACUGGGAUUGACCUUUCCGGUUCUACAAUUGGCAUCGCUGCGAUUGGGGAAAUCUGCAUGCCUGAAGGAGCAUCGGUUGUACAGCAAAGAACCACCGACGAAGUGGCCGACACUGCUAUCGUCAUGGCACAUGAACUCGGACAUAAUCUGAACAUGUUGCACGAGAACGGACGGUCCUGCGAUAACUGUCCGGGUAAUGAGCCAUGUAUCAUGUCAUCUCAUGUCAGUCCGAAUCAGCUGCUUCUGUUCAGCCAGUGCGCCCUGGAUGACUUCGAUAUUUUAACCUCUGCACAGCACUCGUGUUUAGCACUCCAGGCAGAGUGUGGCAAUGGGUUUGUCGACGACGGCGAGGACUGUGAUUGCGGUGAUCCUGCGGUGGAUGAGUGCAACAACCCGUGCUGCGAUCAGAUGACCUGCAAGCUAACCAGUACAGCUCAGUGUGCCCAUGGUGCAUGCUGCAACCUUGCAAGCUGUAUGCCGAUGACCAAGGAUACAGUAUGCCGUGCAGCGUCCAUCAACAACACAUGUGAUAUAGAAGAUACGUGUGACGGAGUGACGGGACAGUGUGCGGAUUCGCGGCGGAGGAAUGGACUCUCAUGCCCCAACUCUCCACUAGACCUGUGCUGGGAAGGCAAGUGCGUGACACGACAGAGCCAAUGUGAAACUCUAUUUGGACAAGGUGCUGGAAGCGGCUCUGAGCUGUGCUACGCACGCAACGUGGACGGCACGUCAUUCGGCAAUUGCGGCGUCUCGAUCUUAUUCUACUUUUACACAUACAGAUACCUCUUUGCCCGGUGCCAGGAAAGAGACGCCCUGUGUGGCAAGCUGUGGUGCAAUGAAGGAGGCAGCCGGUUUGCCCGGCUGCCAUACUCCGUCUCAACCCAGGGCUUCGAGGUGGGCCGCACCGACAGUCGCCAGGUGUUCUCUUGCAAAGGUGCCAUGGUGCUGCAGAAUAGCUUCUACUUGACACACCAGCAGGACACCUACACCCUUGUGAACGAUGGUCAGUCCUGUGGUGAGGAUAUGGUAUGUCUGGAUCAGCGCUGUGUUGAUUUGGACAACGCCGCCAACAGCACACAGUGUCCAUAUCACAACGGCCUGGAAUGUAACGAAUACGGAGCGUGUGAUCAGUUUGGCGAUUGUCACUGUCAGGCAGGCUUCAGCGGAGCGGCUUGCGAAACAGACAUUGACGACUGUGUUGAUGUGAAGUGCCUCAACGGUGGAACUUGCCAGGAUGGAAUCAACAUGUUCAAGUGCCUGUGUCCGAAGGACUAUGCUGGAACUCUGUGCGAGCAAAUGGAUCAAUGUGCCUUAUCCCCAGAUGCGUGUGCCGAGUACGGCAAGAACGGCGUGUGCAUUAAUGAUGACAGCGGCCAGUCGUUUGUCUGCGGCUGUCGCCACGGCUUCACCGGAACCCCGUGCGAGAAUAUCGACGAAUGUAAAGCGAGUGCUGCUGCCGCAACGCCGGCCACAUGCAGUGUUAAUGCCGAGUGCCUGGAUAGCGAGGGCAGUUACGAGUGCGUGUGUGGCAGCGGAUACACGGGUGAUGGGGCUACGUGCACGGACGUAAACGAGUGCUACGUGGGAAACUACGAGCUGUGUCCGCGGGAGUCCGACUGCAACAACACAAUUGGCUCAUUUGUCUGUACUUGCAUGAGUGGAUAUACCGGUAAUGGAGCGUCGUGUUUGGACGUGGACGAAUGUUCUCUCUCACCGAACGAAAUUUGCCAACCGUAUGGCCAGUGCAACAACACACAUGGUUCAUUUGUAUGUGAUUGUGUGAAAGGUGCCAAGCUCGUUGCGUACAGCAAUCAGUGUGUCGAUAUUGACGAAUGCGAGAAUCGUUACUACGGACCCACUCAGUACUGCGACUAUCGCAGCAACUGCACCAACUCACCGCUGAGUUUCGAUUGCAAUGGCUGCAGGUCGGGCUACAAGGGCGACGGUUCCCCCGGCAACUGCUCGGAUAUUGACGAAUGUGCGCUGGGCUUGCACAUGUGCACAAACGGAUUCGUCUGUAAUAACUAUUAUGGAGGUUUCUCGUGCCGGUGUCCGUCCGGCUAUCGCAUUAACACCUCGUCGGGACGCUGUGAGGAUCGGAAUGAGUGCCUGGAGAACUACUACCGGUGUUACAGCAAUUCAGUGUGUGUCAACGUGCCGGGAAGGUACCGCUGCGAGUGCGAGCCAGGGUUCCGUCAGCUCUACGGCCGUCAGCCUUACAUCCAUUGCUACGACAUCGAUGAAUGCAGCGUCGGCGCGGACGACUGCGACAACACUACUGGCCACAUAUCAUGCUACAACACGCACGGGUCAUUUCUGUGCGCAUGCUCUCCGGGUUUCGUACAGGUGAACGGCAGUGCGGACGCCAACGAGACCUCCUCAGUGCAGCCAACCCUCUCGCCGUUUGUGCCGUUCACAAGCAACCCGUUCGUUACUAACGCGCCGCCGAUCGUCAACAACGAUCCCGACAAGUGUGUUGAUGUGGACGAGUGUGCCCUGGGUUAUUGUCUACCUCACGGCACCUGCUCAAACUCGGUUGGCAGUUACAACUGCAGCUGCGUUCCGGGCUCGGUGCUGCGGUCCGGCCGCUGUGUGGAUCGGGAUGAGUGCGACUUCGGCAACCGAUUUUCGAGACAGUUCUGCGACCCGAACGCCAACUGCACGAACACUCAGCUGGGCUACGAAUGCGACGGCUGCCGAGACGGUUACGAAGGAGACGGCACGCCUGGCAACUGCAUGGAUGUCAAUGAAUGUGUGGACGGCCUUCACGAGUGCACAAACGGAUUCCAGUGCAGGAACGUGCAGGGCGGGUUCUACUGUCACUGUCCCUACGGCUACAGGAUCAACAGCUCCGGUUACUGCAACGACAGGGACGAAUGCCUGGAGUACUACCGGCCGUGUUUCUACGACGACGUGAUGUGCGUGAACACCCCCGGAUCCUUCAGCUGCCAGUGCGAGCCUGGUUUCAGGCAAUACGGCUACAGAUUUGGUCGCUACAAUCGCUGCUUUGACAUCAAUGAGUGUAGCUCGGGUGCGGACGACUGCCUCAACGACACCACGCUCAUCUCUUGCUACAAUACGCAGGGCUCCUAUCGCUGUGCCUGUUCGCCCGGAUACGAGGUCGAUAACCAGACCGCGCCGACUCUGCCGGCCAUGACGGCGACGCCGAGCGCGUUCUUCACGACCGCGCCAUCAGACGAGAACCACAACGAUCCUGAUCUGUGCGUGGACCGCGAUGAGUGUGAUCAGGGUUACUGUACACCGUAUGGCAAUUGUACCAACACACAGGGCAGCCAUAUCUGCAGCUGUUCCGACGGUGCCGAAGAGCGCGGCGGACAGUGUUUGGAUCGCAACGAGUGCUCCGACCAGCACCGAGGCCGCUUCUGCGAUCUCAAAGCGUUCUGCGUGAACACGCAUCUCAGCUACGCCUGCAGUAGCUGUUUUCCGGGUUACCACGGCGACGGAAGCGCCGGCUCCUGCGUCGACUACGACGAAUGUGCCAACGCCAGCCUGGUGGGACUGUGUAGGGAGGAGCACGGCGGAGUGUGCAUCAACACUGCCGGCAGUUACUUCUGCAUCUGCUUGCCCGGGUAUCAACGCGCCGGCUCGCGCUGUGUCGAUAUCAACGAAUGCUACAGGUGGUACACGGUGAGCCGUAACUGCGACGCUCGCUCGACGUGUGUCAAUACGGUGGGUUCGUUCGUCUGUCAGUGCCGCCCCGGUUACACCGGCCCGGGCUGGCGGAGUUACUAUGACUACAGUUACCGUGGCUGCGAGGACAUCAACGAAUGCGAGGAUCCGGCCGUCAUGGACACGUGCUCGCACGGAACCGUUGAAUGUGUAAACACGCCGGGAAGUUACUCCUGCCAGUGCAAGGCCGGUUUUCAGCCAGAUGACGGCGGCAGCUCAUCCGAUCUGCAAUGUACAGACCAGAAUGAAUGUGAAAUUACGGUCUUCUGCCAUCCGCAUGGCAACUGUACGAACACAGUCGGAAGUUAUGAAUGCAAUUGCCAGCAAGGUGCAACGCAAGUCAGCGUACUUUGCCUAGACAUCAACGAAUGCGACUUCAAAGCGUACGGCGAGCGAUACUGCGACAGAAACUCCAACUGCAGCAACUCAGUUCUCGGCUACGACUGCGGUGGCUGUCGACAUGGUUUCCAUAAGGCAGAGGGCAGGUGUACGGAUCUUGACGAAUGCCAAGACGAGGGUAUUUCACUCUGCGCGGAGCAGAACUACACGACCUGUUUGAACACGCCUGGUUCAUUUCUCUGUGGCUGCGACGUUGGGUACUCCUACAGCAGCAGUCUGGGUGCUUGUACGGACGUCGACGAAUGCUCUACCUACUUUGGGUACCGGUGCUACUACCGAGCGACAUGCAGGAACACUCCCGGUAGCUUUGAGUGCGACUGCGACCCGGGCUGGACGGGCAAUGGGUACUCGUGCAGCCCGCUGAACAGAUGCCGGGUGCCGGAGCUGAACCCGUGCAAUGGAACAGCCGAGAUCUGCGUGGAUAGGUACUAUGGCAACGUGCGCUGCGACUGUCUCUACGGCUUUCGACGAGAGGGCUCCGAUUGCGUCGAUAUUGACGAAUGCGUCGAGCAGAUCGCCUGCCAGCCAUACGGAAACUGCACCAACUAUCCGGGAUACUUCGCCUGCGAUUGCGCGGCCGGAGCGGAAAACGAACGGUGCGUCGACCGUGACGAAUGCUCCCCGCACUAUCGCAGCAGCCUGCUAUUCUGUGACGAGAAUGCCAACUGCACAAACACGCCACUGAGCUACGAGUGCCACGGCUGCCUCACUGGAUACACCGGUGACGGUUCGGUCGGCAGCUGUGUGGAUGUCGACGAAUGUGCACUGGGAACAGACGGUUGUAAUGUCACCGGCGGCGAACGCUGCGUGAACACGCACGGAAGCUUUCACUGCGACUGUCUGACAGGAUUCGUAUUCGACGCCUCCUUGGGAGAAUGCACAGACCUAAACGAAUGCUCAUAUUCCAAUCGCUAUCGCUACUGUUCCUACAGUGCGUCGUGCCGCAAUACUCAUGGCUCAUACCUAUGUAACUGCUCGACUGGGCUGAUGUUCGACGGACGCGCUUGCAUUGAUGUUGAUGAAUGUGGAAAUGGCACGGAAACUCUGCGUGCCUGCACCGCGAGAAACCAGACAUGCCGCAACUACAACGGAGGCUACAGUUGUCAAUGCUCGCUUGGCUAUGAAUUGUCAUCGUAUGGCGGCGACGGUGGUGUUUGUGCGGAUGUGAAUGAAUGUCUUAAGUACGGCGCGUGCCGCUUCUACGGCACGUGUACAAACACUGAAGGCAGUUACACGUGUGAUUGUGUAAACGGUUCCGAGGUCCUCUACUCCAGACAUUGCCACGACAUCAACGAAUGCUCGUACAGCUAUCGGCUGGAAAAUCGUUCGUGUGACCGCUAUGCCAACUGCGAGAACACGGAGCUUGGCUACAGGUGUCUGGGCUGUCAGCGUGGCUUCACAGGAUCGGGACUACCCGGCGACUGUAUUGACAUUAAUGAAUGUUUGCUGCCGGCUAACAGCUGCAGUGCCAACACCAGCAACGCGUCGGGAACAUGUCAGAACACGCUGGGGAGCUUCAGCUGCAGCUGCCCGCUGGGAUUCAGAUCUAGCAACGGACGAUGUGUGGACCUGGACGAGUGUUCCAGGUACUUUUGCCAUACCCACGCGGAUUGCAAUAACACGUAUGGCUCGUUUUCGUGCGAAUGCCGCACAGGUUACAGCGGCAAUGGGAGAGUGUGCUACGAUGUAAACGAAUGUCUCAACGACACGCUGAACAACUGCACCGGCUUCGGCAUCGAGUGCGUCAAUCUUCACGCAACGCCCCCCGGGUUCGCGUGUCGGUGCGCGGCCGGCUAUCGCACCGCCGCCGACGGUAGUUGUGUGGACGUGGAUGAGUGUACGGUGCACGGUGCGUGCCGGCCGUACGGCACAUGCACAAACACGGUGGGAGGGUACAACUGUACGUGCCGUGAGGGGUCCGAGCACACCGGCUAUAGCUGCGCCGACAGAAACGAGUGCAGCCACCGGCACUUCUAUUCGGGCCUUUACUGCGAUCACAACGCCAACUGCGUAAACUACAACUUGGGAUACAUAUGUGCCGGUUGUCAAACCGGGUACCGUGGCAGCGGAUUGCCGGGCAACUGCACGAGAAUUGACUACUGCGCCGAGAGGCAGCACCAGUGCAAUGGCACUAACGAGGUGUGUCGGUCCUCUCUGUACGGCACUAUUAACUGCGGAUGCCGCCAGGGCUAUUCUCGGAGAAACGGCACUUGUACGGACUAUGAUGAGUGUGAAUAUGCUUAUCGGUGUGGCAGCGCCAACGUCUCUACUUGCAUCAAUACACCAGGGUCCUUUAGAUGCGAGUGUGCCGUCGGGUUUAAGUACCAACAACUCCCCGUCUACGACUACCGUUACCUGUGUCUGGAUAUAGAUGAAUGUGCACUUGGCAUCCACAACUGCAGUGAUGCUGUCAAGGGUAGAUCGAGUGGGUGCAACAAUACCCUGGGCAGUUACCGAUGUAACUGCUCCACGGGAUAUGCUGUAUCAGUUUCUUCACAUGACGGUAGUCAGGCUUGCUCCGACAUUGACGAAUGUACGGCGGGAACGCACGAUUGCGCGGGAGGCUCGACGUUCUGCCGCAACACUGACGGUGGCUUCGCCUGUCCCUGCUCUCCAGGAUACGUAGCCUCCGCGGGUGGCGAUGGCAGUGCUUGCUUGCCAGCAGACUGCCGGGCAGUGUCCCGGUCGUGCACGCCACUGGGCGAGUGCGUUUUACGCUCGCCCAACGACAACAACAACAACACUGGCUCGUACGAGUGCGAGUGUCAAGCCGGUGCGGAGCUGAUUGACCAGCGGUGUGUGGAUGUAGAUGAGUGUAGCCGCAGCAGUAGCAGCAGCAAUGGUGACUCUCCGCCGUGCCAGGCAAACGCAAGCUGCUGGAACACACGGCCGGGCUUCGAAUGCCUGUGCAGUGGUGGCUUCCAUGCUAGCACCGGCACCGCUCAGUUCAACGACGGGCGUCUCGAGUGCAUCGACACGGACGAAUGCGCCCAGCGCGGCACCAACAACUGCGACGCGUCCGGGAGAGCUACCUGCGCAAAUCACAUCGGAACAUACAGCUGCUCUUGCCGAAUGGGUUUCCUUGGAAACGGCCUACAAGGAUCCUGCCAAGAUGUUGACGAAUGCAACAGUGAAACGCAUGGCUGUGACUUAAGACUAACGUACUGUCAGAACUCACCGGGCAGCUACACGUGUCCGUGUCGCGACGGCUUUACACAGAACCUGGCCACCGGUGCUUGCACAGACCAGGACGAAUGUGCCGGGGACUCGCACAGCUGUGGUCGCAACACGCGCUGCGCCAACACCCUCGGCAGCUACGACUGCCCGUGCCUGACCGGCUUCAACGCCACGCUCGCGCUUGCCGCGUCCGUGCCGCCGCAAGCCGCGUCUCCGUCGCCGCGAUUACGUCAAUGCAGUGAUGUUGACGAAUGUCAGCUGAUGUUACGGAACUGCUCAGGUGACAACGUGGAGUGCUCCAACACCCCAGGCAGUUCACGCUGCGAUUGCUUGCCAGGCUUUUAUCGUGAUGACGGAGCACAGUGUGCGGAUGUUCAAGUACUGGUAAACACGUCGGCAUUCUCUGCGCCGGCUGAGCCUAGUUCCACAACUCUGACCUGGGAGGUAAAGCCAUUCCAGGACAUGCGACUAACGUUGUACCAGAUAAUCGUCGUUCAUCUUGGCCAGCCGGACAUGGCGCAGGUGCUGGAUCUGUUGCGCGUCUCCCCCGACGAUCUAUUCCCCGUCGGAAGUGACAAGAUACAAUCGUACGCCAAGCUAGUCAACGUCGCCAUCGCCCCCGACAACCCCAGGGCACACAUUGCCGCUGUGGUGACACUGGACAUGCUCCGGUCCGAGGAGUUCACCAUUGGCAACGACCUGCCAGCAUCCGUGGCUGGCAGCAACGUUCGAAAUGGCCCGCUAGAACCAAACGUCAUGUACACGCUAUUCUACAGGGGUUUGUCCGAUGGUCAGCGGGGCAAGCGACAGGUGGAUCCUGGCACCGAUAGGCUGGUUCAGACCUCCAGCUUCCAGCCGCUGCAAAUGACAGAUGUUGACGAAUGCAACAGUGAAACGCAUGGCUGUGACUUAAGACUAACGUACUGUCAGAACUCACCGGGCAGCUACACGUGUCCGUGUCGCGACGGCUUUACACAGAACCUGGCCACCGGUGCUUGCACAGACCUGGACGAAUGUGCCGGGGACUCGAACAGCUGUGGUAGCAACACGCGCUGCGCCAACACCCUCGGCAGCUACGACUGCCCGUGCCUGACCGGCUUCAACGCCACGCGCGCGCUUGCCGCGUCCGAGCCGCCGCAAGCCGCGUCUCCGUCGCCGCGGUUACGUCAAUGCUCGGACGUUGACGAGUGUUCUCUAGGCGUUCACGGCUGCGGCGUCAACACGCAGUGCGCUAACACGGAUGGCAGCUAUGCGUGCGCGUGCACGGCAGGAUUUACCGGCAAUGCGGUACGGGCGUCCGGCCGAGAUUGCUAUGAUAUUGACGAUUGUGAGCUGGGCGUGUGCGAUGCCGUUUCGACGACGUGCCGUAACUCCGAUGGCGCCUUUAGCUGCAGGUGUCGCCAUGGAUUCGUGCCGUAUGCAGAGAACACGACACACUGCAGUGAUGUUGACGAAUGUCAGCUGAUGAUACAGAACUGCUCAGGUAAUCCAUCUUGAUGUAAAUUAUAAUAU